AACCUCGUGUUCAUGAUACUGCGCAACCAAACAAAGUUUAUGCUUCCCGUAUCUUUAUGAAAUUCUUUGGAAGGCUUCCAAACAUAAGACGAGAGAUCCUGUAUCAGUAGUACGCAUAUUGACGCGUGGUGUUGUUGAAACUAUCUCACCAACACGCUGAGGGUACCCAGUUUGUACAAUAGUCUUACGCGUACAUGUACACACAUCAUCACGGCAUCGCAUCUUAAAAAAAAGAAAUGCGCUGCCUAUAUGGAUAUGGCCGCAGUGUUGGAAUACUUCCAACAUUGACACGAGCUACAACAAAGAAAUGGCCAGUUCAAAGAACGAGGCACUUAGCAACAGCUAUACCACUGCAAGUGGAAAGAUAUGAUAUCACUUGUGGUAUCUCGGGAGAAAUCACAGUCGAGUAGGUUGACAAUUUAUCUUUUCUUUUCCCGGCCAUUGAUCCUGCCUGAUUCUUGUAGCAGGAACCUGGUAUGGAAUCUCAAAUUAUUUUACAAAAUUCACGCACUACGUGUGGGAUGAUCAAGUGGUCUAUCUUCCUCCCUGGCAACUACCUUGGCUACGUGCAAGUGUUCUCGGCCAAGUCUUCUUUUCGAUCUGAAGGGUGAUUUGCUUGCUGGGCGAAUAGACGUACAUAGAAAGAUCUUCGGUGUAAGUAUCCAUUAUACAAGUGAUGGGCGCGGUCUUCACAUGGCAGCUUCAGGGUUCUUACAUGUUCAAUAUUGGUUAGUGAUAUAUUUCAAUAGUGCUGUUGAUGGUUGAGAUAGUCAAGCUAAUAUUGUGUAUACAGAGUUCACAAUGCAUCUCUCCUUCACGAUUCUCCAACGACACCUCUGGUUGUCUACCUGCCACCAUAUCCAUCAUCUCCACCACUACGCCCACCUUCAUGGUUGUUAAAUUCAUAUCCUGUCUUUAACAUUCCGUAUCGCUGGUCUCAUAAACCUAGCAUAUCAUUUCGCAACCAAAAAUCCCAUCCAUUUCCAAUACCACGUAAGUAAGCCAAGAGUCUUAGUAUAUCAAGUAGGAAGACAUCCCGGCUUUUUAUUUUGAUAAUAGGGAUUUAACACCUGCUUGAACAAUUACUUAUCUCCACACUAGUUCAUGAUACACUUCAUGCCUAUAGUUGGCUCCUGAAUCGUUACCUCCCACAUCUAUUAUUGGGGGGCAGAACCUUGGAUUCAACCUUCUUAUCCGAUCAACCGCCAGCAAUCCAACGACCACUUCUAAUCUAUGGAUCAUACCUUGGCGGUACCCUUGCUACCUCUCUCGCACUCACUGAAUCCCGCAAUUCCCCAUUACCUCCCGCCAAGAUCGAUUCUCUUAUAGUGCACAAUGGAAUUUUCGACUGGACUCCCAUCUCAACCACUCCCGACCCCUCAAUCUUUCCCUCUGAAUUCUCUGAUUUCUCAUCAUCAAACCCUUCUUACGAUCAUCCCUCAACUUUAGAAUUGUAUACCCAUUCUCCCUGGACAAUCAAGACCUUACACGCUCUCAAAACCCGCCUCUUUCCAUCUCCAUCCCAAACAUUCGACCCUUUUGCCUCGCCUAUCCUCUUCUUCCGUACCCCUGGCAUCCAAGUUCCACAACGCUGGCCUAUCCCACCUCCAAUCUCGUAUUCCCCACCCAAUAAACACACAUCCCCAAAACCAGGAACCAACACCCAGCCCUUCUCCAAGACGCAAAAUCCUCGCUACAAAAACCCAACAUCCUAUCCACCAUCAGAAGACGAAGAAGAAUCCCGCCACGAAUCCCUCGACGAAUCCCGCAAAUCAAAACUAAUUUUCCCACCCCUAGAUUCCUCCAUCAAAAUCCCCAGAUCCCUAUUCACCUACUCUUCUCUCACAACACCAGUCUCAACUACACAAACACAAACACAGAUACAGACACGAACAAAAAAAGAAAAAACAAAAGAAAAAGAAAAAGAAAAAAAAGAAACAAAUCAAAACAUCUUCAAACAACAAGCGCAAGAACUAUCAGAGCUAAUGAGGAGAAGUCCAUGGAUGUUCGAAAUGUUCGGGUCGGGGAAAAAGAUUAAGGAUGUGGAGAUUAAGGAGGGGGGUUGGGAGGGGGAAAAAGAAAGAGAGAUGUUGGUGAGGGACUGGAUUGAAGAGGGUGGUUUGUGAUUUAUGCUCGGAUUGUAAGGAGAACGGGUGAAUUGAAGGGAAAAAAGGCAAGGGGUGGGAUAUUCAUGUAUGAUUAAAAUUGUAUUUUUGAGAAGGGGGGACA